UCUGUCACUAAUUGUCAAAUUAUGGUAGAAUUUAGAAAAACCAUCGAUGUUCACGACUUAUUUGGUAAAGUAAAAGCUGAAACCUACUCAAUACCUACCCGUUUGCUUUGUACAAUGCAACAGUAUUAGCGGCAUGGCUCAGAAUUUGCAAAAGAAGCCCUCCAAGGGCAUACUGAAGACGUCACGCAGCGUGGACGUGCAGAGCAGCGAUGGGGCUCCGUCGACGAGUAAGCGGGCGAAGGAGCAGCGAUUCGACGAGAUGAACAUAAUGGAGACGUUCCACCCGGCGAAUAAGGAUUACGGGCACAUGAAAGUGGACGAGCCGAAGACGCCGUUUUCUGAACCCGUUGACGGAGAUAUGGAGCCGGUGGAUGAGCUGGACGCGAACAUUUUGGCGGCGAAGCUGGCGGCUAGUAUGAACAAGCCACCUAAGUGCGUGGAGACCGACAGUGACGAUGACAUGGACGAAUCGGACGAGGCGCGGGAGCGCCGGCUCGAGUUUGAGAAGAAGAGGAAAAUGCAUUAUAAUGAGUUCCAGGCAUUACAACUCGCUAGAAAGCUGCUAGCCCAAGAAGAAGAGGAAGAGGAAGAAAAAAAGACCACCUGACUGCCGUGCACACCUCCCCAUCUCUGCCUCCAAGGUUGCAUGUAAAGGCUUGUAGAGUCCACACUUGAGAGGAAAGGGGACAACCUGCGCUCCAUACAAGUAGUAGUCCCCAUUUUCCUCUCAGGAUAUAGAAUUAUGGAAAAUAUUUUUACAUUAUUUUAUGUAUAUUAACCAUAACUACGUUUGACUAUUUCGAUAUAUUGAUUAUUAUUAAAAUUAGGAGCGAAAAACAGAUUUCAUAUAAAUUUUUGAAUGCCAUUAACUCUAAUAAUAAUUCUCAAAUGUAGGGAUAGCAUAGCCAUGGUUGAUGUACAACAAAUUGUGUUAAAAUAUUUUCAAUAAUAGUUAAUUUCCAGAGAGGAAACUGAGUACUAUGUUUGUACGUAAAGGCGAUUUCGCGCGGGUCCUCCACUUUCGUCUUAACUGACCAUUCUUAGACCCUGUGACUCACACGAACCUGCUGCGAGUAUUAUUAUUAUUAGUAUCUUGGCCUGUGUUCUGGUAUUAUGGCUCGUAGGUAACAUUCUUAGUAAAUACGGGUAAGCAUGGCUGGCCGUCACAUUGGGGCCCGUUUACACAUUCAUUCACACACAUUCAUUCAGCCAUGGAGCGUAGUAUUUUGAGCGUGAAAUUAACCGAUCGCAUUAAAAAUACAAUUCUACGCCCCAAAACGCAAAUCACUGACGUAGCUGUAACUGCCGCCAAGCUUAAAUGGGACUGGGCGGGACACGUCUGCCGUAUGCCGGAUGAUCUGUGGGCCAAAACAGCCACCCGUUGGGUCCCACAGAUUGUAAGGCGCCACGGCAGAUCUCAUCGGAGAUGGCGGGACGAGCUUGACGCCUCUGACAGAGACUGGUGGGAGACUUUAGGGGAGAAGGAUAUGUGGAGAAAUAACAGGGAGGCCUUUGCCCAGCAGUGGGACAAUAUGGGCUCAUAUAAAAAAAUACACAUUGAUUAGUGUUUAUUGCCAGUUGAUACAUUUGCCACUAAGCCAAUGUAAAAACUCGCAGUAAACACUAGUCAAUGUGUAAACAGGCCCCAAUCUGAAGGCCAGCCACGCUUACCCCUAUGCCACACUUACCCUAAAUGACCUUAUAUCAUCAAGACACCUUAUAUCAAGAGCCAAAUCAUCACAAAUAGUAAUCAUGGUGUUAAUAUUUGUGCCAAUUUCAACCAAAAGGGUACUUAUUGUCAGUUGUGAAUAAAGUGCUAUUUCCUUGAAACUUCAAUUUGAAAUCAACCUUAUUGACAACCAACAAUAUGGUACCUUUUACUUGAAACCGUCAUAUUUAAGCUUCAGGUUCAUAAUUGCUAUGGAACCUGCCAUCAACGUUUUCAUCAGUCAAUCUUGCUAAUUUAGAAUUUAGUGACAUUGAACAGUCUUUUAAGAUUAAACUUUAAAAUGUGUGUAAUUGAUAUGGAAGACAAUAAUAAUAAAAUAUGUCGUGCUAAACAAUGCAAUAUAUUUCUAGAUUGUUUGAACGGAGUUAGGAACAGAAACGGGUUGAUGUACGAAAUUUUUAGUGUCCUUACUUUGAAACACACUCAUCAUCAAAAAUACCCUAACAUCGUGUGAAGCCCUGAUGCCCCUGAUGGUGACUGUAUAUUCAAAAUUACCAGGGUUGACUGUAUGACAGACACCCAUAACUUAAAAAGUCUAAUUAAUAUUUAGAAUCAUCAUUGUACAAGUCAAUCUUUUUGAUUAUUUUAUACUUAAGUGCCACAAAACACAUCAUAGUUCCCAUAGAAGUUCCAAGUGGAAUAAAGUACCUACCCAACAAUUUUUUGUGUUUAAUGGUUAAGGCUGCGUUUCCACCAAAGAUUGAGGAUGUGUAGCGACAUGUUUGUUAAGAACCA